CAGUCGAAUCUCGGGUUUGGUAAAAGAAGUGACCAAGGGUUAGUGAUUUGUGAGGUAGAUAACACAUUGCACAGCCGACAAUCGUUAAACGUCCAAUUUUCAGGAAGAACCACAAUCAUGAAAUAUUUGCUCUUUGCCUCUACGCUUUUCAUGCUUCUCGCGUUAGAGCAGGUGCAUGCCAAUGAGAGUGAGGAGACACCACCCGGACUGAAGUUUAAGAUAGAAAACAUUCCCAAGAACCGAAGACUAAAGAACAUGAAAAGGGAAAACCCCGCAGAAAUAAAAAAGAUGAUGAAGGAAAAAGGACUGAUAAACAUCUCCGAGGAGAAAGGUUUAGUGCCUCUGAUAACCCCCACGGAUGGUACGGCCGUUCCCAAUGAAUACAUUGCCCGUCUUCUGCCUGGUGGCAAGUAUGGAAGAAUCCGUCGCACCCUGAAAGGAAGAGGUUCCCGACAAAGAGUGAAGUUUAGUAGAAAAAGCAGCUUCGUCAUUCUUAGGGAUAUAAAUGAUAGUGACCUGCAACUGCUUCGACAACUUACUGGCGAUAUUGAAGAAAUCGAACAAGCUAAAGAAAUGUCGCUAGAACUAAGUCAUUGUGAAGGGUAUUUCCCGGCUGCUGAAACAUGGAAUUUAGACAGAAUAGACUACUCUCCGGAUGAUGACCGUUUCGCCACCUGGGCGCUCGGCUCUGGUAUAGACGCAUACGUCAUGGACACUGGCAUUAAUCCUGAUCACAGUGACUUCGGAGGAAGAGUUUUGCCAGGAUGGCACGCGAGUUCUUUCUCCGAUACCAGAGACACCCAUGGUCAUGGUACCCAUGUGGCCAGUACCUUAGGAGGCGCCACCUAUGGAGCAGCCAAGAAGGUCACCCUCAUCCCCGUCAAGGUAUGCGACGCAACAACAUGUUCGUCUUCGGACCUCCUGGCAGGACUAAACUGGAUAAAGACACGGGUUCAACAAAACAAACGUCAAUCAGUAAUAAAUAUAUCAAUCGGUUUUCCGUAUACCACGUAUAUAAAUGACGCCGUGUACGCGGUGCUGGAUGCAGGCAUUCCAGUGGUAGUCGCCGCUGGAAAUGACGACAAGGCCGAUGCGUGUAAUGUAUCCCCGGCAAGCGUAAGCGGAGCCCUCACAGUCGGCGCCACCCAAAUAGAUGAUUACUUGGCUUCAUUUAGUAACAUCGGACCGUGCGUCGAUAUUUACGCUCCAGGGAGGAAAAUAAGGGCCGCCAACUACGCUAAUACCAACGGUUGGAUAGAGAAAAGUGGGACGUCAAUGGCGUCCCCUCUCGUCGCCGGUGCAGCCGCGGGAAUGUUGCAGGUUCUUCGCGAUGCUGGGUCCAUCAGCCAACCGUCAGUAAGCGUUGUUGAUAACGUCAAUUAUUACAUCAUUCAGUUUGCAGAGAAGGGUACAGUGAAGGGGCUCCCGUCAACGAACAACAACAAUGUUAUGCUUCAGACCAGCUGCCUUACUACCUAA